GAGGUCGCUCUGUUAAUUCGAGCAAAUCAAAGCCCCGGGGUUCCUGAAAUCAUCCAGCUUCUGGACUAGCAGGAGAAGCCUGGCUACUACAUGAUGGUUCUAGAGCGGCCCAUGCCCUCUCAGUGUCUGUAUGAAUUUAUAAAGAACUACAAGGGCAGCAUUGGAGAGGAUUUGGCACGGUUUAUCAUGCGCCAGGCAACAUCCGCAGCUCAGACGUGCUGCCAACGUGGAGUGUUGCACCGCGACAUUAAGGCAGAAAACAUUCUGAUUAACCCAAGCACACUUGAAGUCAAACUGAUCGACUUUAGGUGUGGUGACUUCCUUACUGAAGCGGGUUACACAUCCUUUGCUGGCACAAAACAGUACUGUCCUCCCGAGUAUCUGAUGACCAGCAGGUACCACGGGGAAUCAGCGACAGUGUGGUCACUCAGGAUCCUCCUGUUCGUGAUACUUUUCCAGAAAACUCCAAACAGACGAGACCUGUGCAAGAUGGAAGAUUACAUCCGGGCCAAAGAUGGCUUGUCACAAGAAUGCUGCAAUUUUAUUUGCUGUUGUGUGCAGAUCGACCCAAAGCAGCGGAUUGAACUGGAGAAACUCAGUCUCCACAACUGGUUUAUGGAUGGUUAUCCAAAACCUGUUCCACUGGAGGUCGCUCUGUUAAUUCGAGUAAAUCAAGGCCCCAGGGUUCCUGAAAUCAUCCAGCUUCUGGACUGGCAGGAGGAGCUGGACUGCUACAUUAUGGUCCUAGAGCGGCCCAUGCCCUCUGAGGAACUGGACUGGUUUGUCCUCAGCCAGACAGCGAACACUGAAGAGGAUUUGGCUUGGAUCUCACCUUUUGACAGGCCAUCUUUGGUCCAGAUGUACUUAUUGAUCUGGUCCAGGUCUCGUCUUGCUGGAAAAUCUCCACACAGCACUGUAAAGAGGAAGAUCCCGAGUGACCAAACCGUCGCUGGUUCCCCAUGGUACUCGCUGUAUGAUCAGAUACUCGGGAGUACAGUACUGUUCUGCGCCUGUUGUUUCCAUUAA